AUGUGUCCGUCAACCCAUUCCUAUGAGGCGUACCAUCAAGCUGCCGUUAAGUUCGAAGAAGCUUGUAAAUCUGCUAAACAGCAUUAUCUUAAUAAAUUUGUAACUGAUUUGAACUCAUCAUUUAAAAAAUGGUGGAGUUUCAUGAAACAUACAACUGGUAAACAUCGUUCAUCAUCUAUACCAUCUUUACUUGAUACAGAUGCUGACUUGUUAGUUAGCGAGCUGCUUGAUAAAGUCGAAUUACUUAACCAUUAUUUUGCAAAAGUUUGCACAUCUCAGAAUAAUCCGACGUUCCCUAUAUUAGCACCUCCACGUGUUGUUAUGUCGCAGUGUCAUAUUUAUGAUACUCAAGUCUUUGAAUUAUUAUCAAAUUUAGACACAGCAAAAUCUUGUUAUGAAAACAAUGGUAAAUUACCAGUGCAUCUCGGUGGUAUCAAAGUCUUACAAGAAUCAUUUAUUCACAGAACCACUAAGCCUUGGAACGAACUUCCAUGUGACCGUCGAUCACAGACACGAUUUCAUAGUUUUAAAAACAAACUAAAAUUACCGCAUGAACUAAAGUUUUGGCUACCUGUGGCCGAGGGCCGCAUGGCUGACUUUGACUUUUUCCAUUGCAGAGUAAAUUUCAGUCAAUUAAACUUUGACCUCGCUAAACACAAUCUAGUUGAAGAAUGUCAACAUAAUCCAGUUAAACCAUAUUCUCUUUAG